AGAGGGUGGGAAGCCUCUAACAAUCAAUAAACCUGUAUUGGUCUUUACAAUACAUUACCAUUAUUUUAAAGAGAUGGCUACUGCAGGUUUAGACCCUGACACCGGGAGGGGAAUCAUGGCUGUAGAACAAGAGGCUAAAGAAACCAUUUCUAAAGAGCUGCACAGCCCCUCUGAGCUGAGGAUCGUGCUGCUUGGGAGACAGUGCGCUGGGAAGAGUUCAACAGGAAACACCAUCCUGGACAGAGCUGUAUUUGGCUGCUCUGCAGCAAUGGAGGAGUGUGAGAAGAGAACAGGAGAAGUGGCUGGGAGACAGGUCACUGUGGUCGACACUCCAGGCUUGUUAAAAACAGACCAGGUCAAGAUUGAGAGGUGUGUUUCUCUGUCUGCCCCGGGACCCCACGCUUUCCUCCUGGUGAUACCGGUGUAUCCAAAAGGAAUGAUUGACACUCACCGUGAGUCUGUAGUAAAACAGUAUUACAAAUUCUUUGAUAAAGUCCAGCAGCUGUUCGGCAAGAGAGCUGUGAGGAACACGAUGAUCCUUUUCACCUGUGGGGAUGAUCUGAAAGACAGGACGAUUGAGCAGUACAUUGAGGAAGCUGGUGAUGAGCUCCAGCAGCGUGUUGAGAAAUGUGGGAACAGGUAUCAUGUUCUUAACAAUAAGAACAGGAGUGAUCACACUCAGGUCACACAGCUCCUGGACAAAAUAGACACCAUGGUGAAGGGAAGUGGAGGCUGCUACCUCCCAAAUGAGAUUUACCAGCAGGUAGAAGAAAGGACUAUACUAAAGGAACAGGAGCUGAAUGAGAAACACAAAGAGGAACUGAGCAGGAAAGAAGGGGAGAUGAAACAGAAAUAUGAAGAGGAACAGAGUAGGAGAGAAGAGGAGAUGAAACAGAAAUAUGAGGAGGAACAGAGUAGGAGAGAAGAGGAGCUGAAACAAAAAUAUGAGGCGGAACAGUGUAGGAGAGAAGAGGAGCUGAAACAGAAAUAUGAGGAGGAACAGUGUAGGAAAGAAGAGGAGAUGAAACAUAAAUAUGAGGAGGAACAGUGUAGGAGAGAAGAGGAGAUGAUGGAGAAGUUGAAGCAAAAGAAGGAAGAGCAGCUGGAGAAAAAGUCAGAGGAAUCCAAGCUGCCGGUCAGGAGAAGACACAGCAUUGAUAGACUACGUCCCAACUUUUCCAUGGGUGAAGGAGAGGCUACCCUUGAAGAUAACCAAGUGCCUCCCAGCCCCCCUGAGCUGAGGAUGGUGCUGCUUGGGAAAACUGGGGCUGGGAAGAGUGCAGCAGGAAACACCAUUCUGGGCAGAGAGGAGUUUAGAUCUGAAGCCAGCUUCUCUGCAGUAACGAGGGAGUGUGAGAAGAGAAAAGGACAAGUGGCUGGGAGAUGUGUUGCUGUGAUCGACACUCCAGAGCUAUCUCAGGACAGACUCCAGAUUAGGAGCUGUGUUUCUCUGUCUGCCCCGGGACCCCAUGCUUUCCUCCUGGUGAUACCAGUGGACCGAUUUACAGAGAAAGAGAGGAGAGCAGUGGAGACAGUCCAGGAGAUAUUCAGUGAGGAGGCUGUAAGGAGGUACAUGAUUCUCCUUUUUACACAUGGUGACAAACUGAAAGGCAAGAUCAUUGAGGAUUAUAUUCAGACCGGCAGUAAGGAGCUCCAGGAGCUUGUUGAGAAAUGUGGUAACAGGUACCAUGUUUUCAACAAUGAGGACACGAGCGAUCGCACUCAGGUCAUACAGCUCCUGGACAAGAUAGACAACAUGGUGAAGGGAAACAAUGGCAGCUACUACACCAGUGAGAUGUACCAGCAAGCAGAAACAAAGAUCAGACAAAGACAAGAGGAGAUACUGAAGGAGAAGGAAGAGACAAUAUUGAAGGAGGAAGAGGAACUGAGGGCAAAGCACCAGAAAGAACUGGAGAACACGAAAAGGAAGAUGAGAUUGGAAAUCCAGAAACGAGACGAGAAGAUCAGAGAGCUGGAGGAGAGGAUCAGAGAGCUGGAGGAAGAGCUGAGGAAAGAACAGGGAGAGAGUCACAUGAUCAAACUCCAGGAAGAGCUCGGGAGAACAAGAAAGGAGAAAGAAAGGGAGGUGCGAGAUAAGGAGGAUUGCAUCGAGAAGGGGGAGAGAGAGAGGGGAGAGUACAAGGAGAAACACAGGAGAGAGAUGGAGGCAGUCAGGCAGCGCUACGUGGAAAUCAUUAGACCAGAAGCAGAAAGAUCCAAUGGGUUUAUAAGCACAUAUGAAAAGCCAGCUGAAGUGAGAGGAGAAAGAGCAGCACUAGGGGCAGUGAUCAGUGCAGUAGCAGGAGCACUGAGAGAAGGGGCUGAGGUAGGGGCAGUAUUACACACAGUAACCAGAGCAAUAAGAGUAGAGACAGGAUUAGGGGCAGUAAUCCAUGCUGCAAAGGAAGCAAUAAGAGAAGGACCAGCUCAAAGGUCAGUGAUCAGUGCAGUAACAAGAGCACUGAGAGAAGGGGCUGCGAUUGGUACAGUAUUGCGCACAGUAGCAGAAGCAAUAGAGGCAGCACCACAGGAACCCCGUCAAGAACAGUAAGACGGGGUGGUGCUAUUGAAUAAUAUCUGAGCAAGAUUUAACUGUCCAUAUUCAGAAACAACAAUUGAGGUGCACUUCAGUGAAUAUGGCUAGUAGGAGCCAUACUUGGAACGCUUCAGUGAUCACAAACACUCAGGUGUUUUAUUCUUGAGAAUGAAUGGGCUGGUUGUCCAACACUUGUUCAUAACUUUUCUUUUCUAGUAUUUGAACCUCCUUGUUCAGGGACUGUCUAUUUCAAAGUGUUUAAAAACAGCUGAACCCUGAUUUGAAUGCGUUGCUCACCACUGUCAUAAUCAAUGUUUAUGAGCAUCUGCUUUCUUAUUAACAAGAUCUAAAGCUGAGGGAACAGGAAGUCAGGAACAGUGGCUUGAAACCUGGUUACAGGAGACCACCGAAAGACCUAGUUUGAGGCAGCUUUGCUGUAUCAGACCCCAAGUCUCCCCUGGUGUGCCAUGUAGUGGCCUGAAACCAUAUUGCACUGGAGCAGUGAUUAAAAACAACUGGCUUUACAAAGAAAGAAAAGGAAGACCAUUGCUUACUAAGUACCUUCUAUAUAUAUAUAUAUAUAUAUAUAUAUAUAUUGUAAUGGAGUGGGCUUUCUUAUUAAAGAUAUAGAGGCUUUAGGACCCUGGGGAUUAGGAGAGGACACUCCAUCUUGGAACACUGAAGUAACAGGAGGCCAUUUUGCUAAAGGCCUCCUAAUUGGGUUAAAUUAUUUGUUAAUUGUUUUGGCAGUGGGUGUGAUUGGGGUAAAUUAGAGCCAGCUGCCCACACUUAUUACUGUGGGGCAUAUAAACCUCACAGUUGGUUAAUUCAGGGCUGUCAGGUUGGAGAAGGCAGUCAGGUAAAGUGAGUACUGUGUGUACUGGAUUGUAGGUUUGGGUCGGUAAGCAGCUUAGCUGCCCGACACUCAGUCAGGGACUGUAUUGGGUUUAGGAAGUACUCCUGAGAGGAGUUAGGUUUUGUUUUGCUUAUUUUGUUUGGCUGUAAUUGCAAAUAAAGAUACAGGCACUGUCCUGUUUAACUGAGAA